UAUUUUCGAACAUCGCCCAUCCCUACCUUCCUGACGUUGGCAACCGGUCUCGAGUGGCGCUAUCUAACGACGAAAACACGCAUCAAAGUACGCGUUCUGUGUGCGCGUUGGUUUUCAAUAGUGGUGCUUGCAUCUCGCCGCUCCGCUUCGUGAGAUUGAGAGUGCUAGUGUAUACGAGAGUCGAGUGCAACAACUGACAAAAUGAAGAUGGCGGACGGACCCACAAUCCUGCGAAGGAACAGGCCCGGGACCAAAGCAGAGGACUUCAGUAGGUGGCCUGAUGAACCGUUCGAGGAAAUGGAUAGCACACUUGCUGUACAACAAUAUAUUCAACAGAUGAUUAGAAGAGAUCCAUCUAAUAUUGAUUUAAUACUUAAUAUGCCUGAAGCUAACGAUGAAGGGGUGUGGAAGUAUGAACAUCUUAGGCAGUUCUGUAUGGAGCUUAACGGUUUGGCUGUAAGAUUACAAGAAGAAUGUCAUCCUGAGACGUGUACACAGAUGACAGCUACAGAACAAUGGAUAUUUUUAUGUGCUGCACAUAAAACUCCCAAAGAAUGUCCUGCCAUUGAUUACACUCGACAUACACUGGAUGGAGCAGCAUGUUUACUAAACAGCAACAAGUAUUUUCCCAGCAGAAUCAGUAUCAAGGAAUCUUCUGUUGCCAAACUGGGCUCUGUCUGCCGUCGAGUCUACAGAAUCUUCUCUCAUGCAUACUUCCACCAUAGAACAAUAUUUGACGAAUUCGAGAAUGAAACUUUUCUUUGCCGCAGAUUUACUGCAUUUGUAACAAAAUACAAUCUGAUGUCAAAGGAUAAUUUGAUAGUACCUAUUAUGGAAGGCGAUGGUGCAACAGAGAGCGAAGCAUAGGAUCUAACGAUGCGGUCGUAUUGUCCAAAGUCUAAUUGCCACAUUUAGUAAGAGGACCUGCUAAUAUUCACACACGUUAUUCCAUAUGGGGUCAGUAAAAAUUUACUCUUGUUUGAAUAGUGCGAGUUUUUUACGAUCAUAUAUUUGUCUCCGACAUUGAAUGGGAAAUUCUCGACGAAUAAUUUAAUAAUUAUCAGUAACAGUUUCUCGUUAGUUUCCCGUGGUUCAACUUGAUGGAUGUAACGUAAAGUAUUUCUCGCGUACCUUUAUAAUGCGUAUUUUUCAUGGUUGCUUGUCUCCUUCAGUGUUACAAAUCUCCGAACAGUCGUUGAAACAUGAUAUGAAAAUUCAUGAAAACUAUUGUCGAGUUUUCGAGGACACGCUAUAUGCUAAUUUAAAGUAUGUUAAUAAUAUAUCACGUUUGAAAUAGUACGAUGUUACAAAACUUUUAACCUUAUGCUGUCGAAGUUACUACUGGCCACUUCCUGUGGAGGAAAGUUACCUCCCUCAUUCUACAUUUUGGACGUGUAACAUUUAGAUGAUCCUAAGUCUCUUCUGUGAAAAGACUAUGUCUCUAUAUAUUGAAAAUGGAUGUAAUGGAACAAUAUAUUGUAUAAUUCAUAACUCAUUUAUAUUUAGUUACAUAAUUUAACGAUUCUUUCUUGUAAUUUUUGAAAGUGCAUUCAUAACGUUAUUUUUCGUCUCAUGUACGAUAUCCUGAAAAUUAUAUACUCGCGAUAUUUAUCAACUUUGUAUGUGCGCAUCACUAAUGUCACGGAUUAUGAUUACAAUCUGCAUCUACAUCGAGGUGAGAACAUUUCUCCAAUCUGAAGAGUGAAAAAUUAUAUAGACAAAUUUCUUUUGACGUUCCAUAUGUUGAUUUUGUUAGCUGAUGUAAAGAUUCAGUUAGAUCAAGGACGUAUCUCUAAUUAGGUAUAUCAUUUUAUACACUACUCGUAAAAAAAAAAAGUUUUCACAAAACGAAACAUCUACAAGUCUUUCAGCAUGAACAUGUUAACGAGAGACCGUACUUUUCACGUAAUUACUUUUUUACUAUGAGAUUUAAGAAAACUAGUUUUAAAUCAUGAUUCUUACGAACGUUAUAAACGUGUUGAAACGGCUCGAUGAAAUAAGAUCUCAUUACAUAGACGAGCUUGAAAGCUUCGAACGUUUGUUGUCAAAGUGUAUAAUUAAUGAGAUUAAGGUAGAGAGAAAAAAAGGAAGAACGCGAAUUUAUAAAUAAUGGUAGAAUUUUACAUUAUGUUACUGUAAGGAUAAAAGUAUUGAUUUAGAACGAUUGUAGUAAUUGUCAUCUUGUAAUUGAUCUUUGUAAAAUCUAUUAUCAGCGACAGAUAUAGCGAUGAAUGUGCUAGCGUACUGUUAUUUAUAAUUUACACACGUAUAUAGCGUAUUAUUAUUUAUAAUCUAUACACCCAUACAUGCACACACAUACACGCAUGCACAUACACACACACACAUGCACAUACAUGCGCACACACACACACACACACAACACACACACACACAUAUAUAUCCAGUACAGCAAUAUGUGAAUUGAGCAGGAUGCCAGGAUGUUCUCCUAUCUCGCGCGGUGGUGAUUGUCGGUGAAAUUUUAUAUUUCACUGUGGAAGACUUUCAGACAAAUCGUUGUUUUACAUAAUCGUAAGCUAUAAGCUAUCGCUAGUGAACUUAACGCAAGCACGAACGUCGUUUUUUCUUUUCUUUUGUAAACGAAUGACGUAGUUUCUCAAUGUAAGAUAACGUCUAAGCGAGCGUUCAUAAGAAAAGCGAUUCCAUAAUUAAGAGAAAUAGUGUUUGCAAAGUCCGAUCUUAUGGCAGUGAAUAGAAAAUAGUAUGGCGACGAAUGGCGAUAUCGAUAACAUAUUCAUUGUAACAUUCUCUCAUCCUGUAGAAAGUACUGAAUUCGCACUAGCACACUACAUACAACACACAUACACACACGUACGCACGCGCGUUCCGAGAUCUUGACAUGAUUUUACCGAAAUGUGCAGCAGUUACGAGUCAAUCGGAAACCCAAUUCGUAAUUCACGCACCGACGUAUGAAUGAGACAUGAAAGUUGUACUGCUCUAGUACGCUUCCGGCAAUGAGAUUCUAAAUAGCCGACUUUUGGCUGUUGUAAAUCGCGCGUUUCGAGCAAUUACGCUCUCCUUUUCGUAUCCGAAAUGCAAUGGGAAGGAUAUUGUAAUACUGUACAUAGAACUUGUAAAUACAAAGAAGAAAAAGGAGAAAUUCGAGAUAAUACAUUGAUGAAUACGUCGAAUCGACAUAAUAGGAAUAUGAUAUGUAUAUGAUAUGUGUGACUAUAUAUUACGUGACAAUUGUCUAUGUAUUGAUAGAGAAUAAACUUUCUACACACAA